CUUUUGUUUAACAGCGACUAUGGGCAGGUUUUCAGUUACCUACGAUCUUCCCUGUCCCGUGAGAAAGUUCUCCCCAUGCAUCAGAGCAGCAGGGAAGGAGUGGAGGACAUGUCCCUACUGUCCGACCUACACGAAGCCUCCAUAAUGCUGAACCUGAGGCUGCGCUACCAGCAGGACAAGAUCUAUACGAACAUUGGCUCAAUCCUGGCCUCUGUUAACCCUUACAAGUCCAUCGCUGGUUUGUAUGACGAGAAGUGCGUAGAUCUGUACAGCAGCCACCACUUCGGAGAAUUGCCCCCCCAUAUAUUUGCCAUCGCCAAUGAGUGUUACCGUUGCUUGUGGAAGAGGCACGACAGCCAGUGUGUGCUAAUAAGCGGAGAGAGCGGAGCAGGGAAGACCGAAAGCACCAAACUGCUGCUGAAAUUCCUCUCGUCCAUGAGUCAGAACUCGGCUGGGGGAGGAGGGACGCAGACGCACGUGGAGGAAGCCAUCAUGGAAAGCAGCCCAAUCCUCGAAGCCUUCGGGAAUGCCAAGACCGUGUACAACAACAACUCCAGCCGCUUUGGGAAGUUCAUCCAACUUCACUUCUCGGAGCAGGGACACAUUCAAGGGGGGCGCGUGGUGGACUAUUUAUUGGAGAAGACUCGGGUGACGCGCCAGAGCCCCGGCGAGAGGAACUACCAUAUAUUCUACGCUCUGCUCACAGGAGCCAAUAGGGAGGAGAAAGAAGCGCUCGGCCUCUCCGACCCACACACCUACCAGUACCUCAGAGCCUCCGGCUGCGCGACGGCAGAAGGGCUCAAUGAUAAGGAUAUGUAUGAGAAAGUUCUGGCGGCCCUGCAGGUGAUGGAUUUUAGUGACGAGGAGAUCAGAGAAGUGUGGAAGUUGCUGUCGGGAAUUCUGCAACUGGGGAACCUGGAGUUCAUGACGGCCGGAGGGGCCCAGAUCACAACCAAAGCAGUACUUAGUGAUGCAGCCGAUCUCCUGGGACUGGACUCCUUCCAGCUGUCUGAGGUUCUGACCCAAAGAUCCAUGAUUCUGCGCGGAGAAGAAAUCAGUUCCCCCCUCACAGUGGAGCAGGCUACUGACUCCCGGGACUCGCUUGCCAUGGCGCUGUACGCUCAGUGCUUCUCCUGGCUUCUGGGCCGGAUCAACGCUCGUAUUCGGGGCAAAGAGAACUUUAAGUCCGUGGGGAUCCUGGAUAUAUUCGGCUUCGAGAACUUCCAGGUGAAUCGGUUUGAGCAGUUCAACAUCAACUACGCCAACGAGAAGCUGCAGGAAUACUUCAACAAGCACAUCUUUUCCCUCGAGCAGCUGGAGUACAACAGGGAGGGGAUCCACUGGGAUGCCAUUGGCUGGAUGGACAACGCCGAGUGCCUGGACCUAAUAGAGAAGAAAUUAGGGAUUUUGGCUCUAAUCAACGAAGAGAGUCGUUUUCCUAAAGGGACCGACUUCACCCUCCUCGAGAAACUCCAUAACCAGCAUUCGAAUAACCCCCAUUACGUGAAGCCUCGCGUGACUGAGCACCAGUUUGGCAUCAAGCACUAUGCGGGGGAGGUCACGUACGACGUGCAGGGCUUCCUGGAGAAGAACAGAGACACCUUCAGGGAUGAUAUUUUAAAUAUGCUCAGGGACAGCAGGCUGGACUUUGUCUAUGAUCUGUUUGAGAAAGUCUGCAGCCGAAACAGCGAGGAGACUCUCAAAAUGGGGACCCAGAGAAAGAAGCCGACAGUCAGCUCUCAGUUCCGGGAGUCUCUCCACUCCCUGAUGGCCAUGCUCAGCACAUCCAACCCUUUCUUCAUUCGCUGUAUCAAACCCAACACUGAGAAGCUCUCAAACACGUUUAACCCGGAUGUGGUUCUGAAUCAGCUCAGAUAUUCUGGAAUGUUGGAGACCGUGAAGAUCCGGAGAGCCGGAUUCCCUGUGCGCCGGCUGUACCAGGAUUUUGCCAGCAGGUACAAGAUGCUCAUAAAGAAUCUCAAAGCCACAGACGAUGUGCGAGGAAAAUGCGCCGCGUUCCUGCAGUUCUACGAGGGCAGCAAGAAAGAAUGGCAGCUGGGCAGAACCAAGGUGUUCCUGAAGGAGGCGCUAGAGCAGAAGCUGGAGAAGAGUCGUGAGGGGGAGCUGAGGAGAGCGGCCUCCGUCAUCUGCGCCCACAUCCAGGGAUACAUCGCAAGGAAGCAAUUCACUCGAGUUCGCCUGAGCAUAGUCACAAUCCAGAAGAAUUACCGGGCCCAUUUCUGGCGAGCUACUUACCUGCGCCUCCGCCAAUCCGCUGUGCAGUUCCAGAAGCACUGGCGGGGGACGGUCGCUCGCCGACUCUAUCAGCAAAUGCUGGAGGAAGAGAGGAAACGUCGGGAAGAGGAAGAACGCAAGAGGAAAGAGGAGGAGGAGAGGAGGAGACGGGAGUUGGAAGAGCAGAGGAGGAUAGAGGAGGAAAGGAAACGAAGAGAAGAGGAAGAAAAAAGGGAGCAAGAACGUUUGGAAGCAGAGUUACGGGCAGCUCAGGAAGAACAAGAAAAGGCCAAGAACCUGGAGAACAUCUUGCUCCAGGAGGAAGAGAGACGGCAGAUGGAGGAGAUACUGAGGCUGGAGAAGGAGAUUGAGAAGUUGCAUCACCAGCAAAAGCUGGAUGGAGUCUCCACCUCCUGCACGGAGACCCGCAAAGAACUGAUCCGGCAGAGGGAGGAGCAAAUUCACAAAUUGGAGAAGGAAGCCUCGCGGGUGGCCCAGGAGUUCCUAGAGCUGCUGGACUUUGGGAAUUUGGAAGAGAGUGCACACAGCUUGGAGAAUGGCUUUGAUGGGACUGUCAGUGCAGAGGGCAGCAUGGUGGCUCCUUUGGCCGAGGAGGAGGUAGAUGAAGGGUUCCAUGCAGAUGAUGAGAUGUUGCCCCCUCCGCCUCCUAUGCUGCUGGAGGAUGAUGGUCCAAGAACCAGUGAAAGCUUCUCCGAGGAAGAAACCUACACAAACAUUCCUAUGGAUGUACCUGGAGCUCAGAGCAGCAGCUGCACCGAGACGCCACUUUCCCCUUCGGAGCCUCCAUCUGCUCAAGAUCCUUACAGCGCCAUAUCGGAUAAAUCCGAGAGUAUCUACCAAUGUGUGUCAGACACUCUGAGCACCAGCGAGGAGCCACAGGAGCCCAUCUACAGCUACCCCCCGGACGUGGAGUCCGACUACGACCACGAAGAGUUUGAUGAAGCCCCACCGGGUUCCAGCAUGAAUCUCAGUGACGGGCACCUGACAGACGAGGAGAUCAUGAGAAUUUCCCAGCCCGGGAGCUUUGGGUCCCGAUGUGGCAGUGUGGAUUCGUUCUUGGACAGCGAUGAAGAAGUCGACAGUCACAUCGAUACCGACGAAGAGUUAAUGACCGGGCGAGUGACCCUGUUUAAUGGUGGAGGCCCCCCUUAUUUUCACAGUUAUCUUUACAUGAAAGCCGGGGGCCUAAUGAACAUCUGGAGGCGCCGUUGGUGCGUCCUGAAGGACGACACAUUCAUGUGGUUCCGGACGAAGCAGGAAGCUCUGAAAUCUGGUUGGCUGUACAAGAAAGGGGGCGGGAUGUCCACGCUGUCCCGGCGCAACUGGAAGCGCCGCUGGUUUGUCCUGCGCGAGUCGAAGCUCAUGUACUUCGAGAAUGACAGCGAGGAGCGACUCCGAGGGACUAUCGAUAUCAGGACUGCCAAGGCAGUUAUAGACAUCCAUGAGAAGGAGAACGCCCUGGAUAUCGUCACAGAGGAGAGAACGUAUCACAUAGUGGCCGAGACACCGGAGGAUGCCAGCGGUUGGUUCAAUGUCCUCAGCAGAGUUCACAGCGCCACGUCCCAGCAGCUGCGAGACAUGAGGGAUGAGCAGGCCAACCCCAAGAAUGCUGUGGGAACUCUGGAUGUGGGUCUCAUAGACUCUGUGUGCGCCUCCGACUGUCCUGAUAGGCCAAACUCCUUUGUGAUCAUCACUGCAAACCGCGUGAUACACUGUAACACAGACAUAGCGGAGGAGAUGCACCACUGGAUCUCACUACUGCAGAAGCCCCGGGGGGAGGCCAAGGUGGACGGACAGGAAUUCCUUGUAAGAGGUUGGCUCCACAAGGAGGUGCAGAGCAGCAACAAGACGGCGUCUCUGAAGCUAAAGAGGCGCUGGUUUGUGUUGAACCGGAAUUCCCUCGAUUAUUACAAGUCCUCUGAACGGGGUGGGUCCAAGCUGGGGACCCUUGUACUGAACAGCCUGUGCUCCGUGGUGCAGCCCGAUGAGAAGGUCCACUCGGAAACGGGAUAUUGGAACCUUGUUGUCUAUGGGCGGAAACAUUCGUACAGGCUCUACACCAAACUGCUCAACGAGGCAAUGCGGUGGGCCAACGCCAUCCAGGGGGUCAUCGACAGCAAGGCACCCAUUGAGACUCCCACCCAGCAGCUGAUCAGGGACAUCAAGGAGAACAGCCUGAACAGCGAGGCCGUAGAACAGACCUACAAGAGGAAUCCCAUUCUGAGAUAUACCCAGCAUCCUUUGCACUCGCCUCUGCUGCCCUUGCCUUAUGGAGACGUCAACCUCAACUUACAAAAAGAGAAGGGCUACACCACUCUUCAGGACGAGGCCGUCCGCAUCUUCAACUCGCUGCAGGAGAUCGAGACGGUUCCAGACCCAGUCCCUAUCAUCCAGGGAAUCUUACAAACCUGCCAAGAUCUGAAGUCCCUAAGGGAUGAGGUCUACUGUCAGCUGAUCAAACAGACCAAUCAUGUGCCAGAACCCAACAGCCCUGGAAAUCUGCGCCACUGGCAGCUCCUGUCCUGCAUGAGUUGCACCUUCCUUCCCGGCCGGGACAUUCUGCGAUAUCUCAAGUUCCAUCUGAAACGGGUGAGGGACAGCUUCCCAGGCACCGAGGUCGAGCAGUUUGCUCACUUUAUUGUGGACGCAUUGAAGAAGACCAAGUGCCGAGAGAUGGUCCCAUCCCAAGAAGAGAUUUCUGCGCUGUUGACGCGCAGUCACAUGACCACCUCUGUCUACUGUCAUGGUGGCGGUUCCUGCCAGAUCAGCAUCAACUCUCAUACCACAGCGGGAGAGGUUGUAGAGAAGUUGAUUCGGGGUCUCUCCAUGGAUAACAGUCGCAAUAUGUUCGCUCUGUUCGAGCACAACAAACACACAGACAGGGCGGUGGAGAGUCGGGUCAUUGUGGCCGAUGUCUUGGCAAAGUUCGAGAGGAUGGCAGGUACAGCGGACGAGGAGGAUGACCCGGGGCCCUGGAAUCUGUAUUUCAAACUCUAUUGUUUCCUGGACGUGCAGAGUGUCCCCAAGGAGGGCAUUGAGUUUGCCUUCAUGUUCGAGCAGGCCCAUGAAAGUCUCACCAGUGGUCACUUUCCAGCCCCCGAGGAGACAUUACAGCACUUGGCUGCCCUCAGGCUCCAGUACCAACAUGGGGACUUCUCCAAGGUCAACUGGUCCCUAGAUACAGUGUAUCCCGUACAGAGACUCAAAGCCAAAAUCCUACAGGCCACCAAGAGCAGCACCUCGGGCCACACCCUGGAGAGGAGGAGAACCAGCUUCCUGGAGGGGACGCUCAAGCGUGGCUUCAAGGUUGGCUCCAUGAGGAAGCAGAAGGUGGAGGAGGAGCAGAUGAUGGAGAUGUGGGUGAAGGAGGAGCUGUCUGCGGCUCGCACCAGUAUUGCCGAGAAAUGGUCGCGGUUACAGGGCAUGUCCCAGCACCAAGCCAUGGUGAAAUACAUGACCAUUGUGAGCGAAUGGCCGGGAUAUGGAUCCACGCUCUUCGAUGUUGAGUACAAGGAAGGGGGGUUCCCCAACGACCUGUGGCUCGGGGUGAGUGCCGAGAACGUGUCGGUGUACAAGCGCGGCGAUGCGAAGCCGUUGGAGACGUUUCAGUACGAGCACAUUAUUUUCUUCGGAGCACCCCAGCCCAACACCUUCAAGAUCACUGUGGACGACAGAGAGAUGUUCUUUGAAACCACCCAGGUGGGGGAGAUCACCAAGAUCAUGAGAGCCUACAUCAAUAUGAUUGUAAAAAAGCGCUGCAGCGUCCGAUCGGUGACGAGCCAGGACAGCCAAUCCAGCAACUGGGCCAGGUGACCACCCACCACACAUUGUGAAGCUCUUCAUCAUCCUUCAGCGGUGGAAUCCGGAUGAAAUAAACGGGGGGGAGGGAGGAUGUUUUAACAUUGUAGCAUCAUCUACAAGCGACGCAACAAUAAGCAGCAAAAUACUCCAGUAAUCCUGACUUUGAUUUUAUACCAAAACUGUGAAAAACCCCGACUUUAGCUCUUUGGUAGAAGCCAUGAUUUUAUUGAGAUGUUCCUGUAGGACACCAUACCCACCUGGUCUCCCACCGACGCCGCCCCCCCCCCCCGAAGCAAUGCAGACUCAAGCCUUUUAUAGUAUUAUCUUGUCUCAGGGCUUUCAGGACCUCUAGGAGUCUUUACAUGUUGACUGUGCAUGAUGAUUGGCUGGUUCCUGGUGGUAGAGAAGUUCUUUAUAGUAUUUCUUCUAACUGUAGACCAGUAUUCAACUGCUAAGCAGAAUCGGACCGUCCCUUCCACGUGCUCCUAUUGGGUGGAACUGCUUAUGACAUGAAGGUGUUACUAUUGGUGGAGAACCUCUCCGUCCCACCAAUUAAGGACAUUUCCCCAUCUAUAGAGCAUGAAGAUACCUGGUUUCUAUAGCCGUCCCUUUAUUUAUUCCCGUUGGCCAUGCUUAUCCUUAACCACAAAUCCGUUCCUGGUGAGCGCUGAUCCUGGAUGCUUAUUCGCCAUGGGGAACCCAAGGAACACCCAAUAAGAUUCAUUAGGGGGGUGCAAUGCCCUUGGCCCUUGAGAUGUUGAAGUCCCAUUGCCUUCCCUAAUUCCGGGGCCAGAGUUUGCCCGGCUCUGCCCCAGACAAUCAAUUCAUUAUCAGGACUUUCCAACUAAACUUGGGAACUUGGGAGCCACUUUUUAUCCAAACCCACGUGGCCCUAAACAUAUACCCAACCUUCAUGGUGCCAUAAACCACUGGGGGGCUGGACCACGUAUGAGAAGAUGGAGCAAAGAGAAAGUAUUUGCAGACUAACAGUACCUUGGUCUUUAAAAUAAAUGGGACGUUCAUAGGAAUUGAUGGGGAUUUCUCCCUCGUGGAUCGGUGAAUCCAGGCCGUGGCGUUUGGUCUACCUCUAGUCGUGACACGGACGGUCGCACUGUGCCCCUGGGCUGCUGCGGGCAGCGGAGACUCAGGAAUGAAUGUAUUUUACUCCUAUUCUGGUUGUUACUAUUUGAGUGUGUGACGGCAUUUACAGUUUAUUGCUAAUAAAUUAUUGAAUUCUU